AUGGAAGCUGACCCAAGUUUAGGUAGAGCUUUGACAGGAAAUGAAGAAGAUCCAUAUCCAAGUUUAUCUGAUUACCAUGACUAUGAGCCAAAUUUAGAGUUUGAUGAUACAGAACUUCAAACGACUACUAAUAAUGUAUCACAACUUUUGGAAGAAAAACUUGAUGUUAGUACAGCUGGAUCGGGGAUUGUGGAUUACUUAGAAAGUCCUGUAAGUGAUGGAACCAUAGAAGAAAAUUUUGAAGAAGCAUUAGUUGACGCACCAGUAAUUAAAAAUGCUGAAGACCUCGCAGCCCUUGAUGCCGAACUUGCUGAUGAAGAAGAUUAUAAUGACAUUGCACGUCUUGGUAUUGUUGAAGUCGUUGGUGAUGAUAGUGCUGGACGUAAAGUUAUCGUUGUAUCAGCUUGUAAACUUCCUGCUGUAGGAAAAGAAGUCUUUAAUCAUGCCAAACUUCUCCGAUAUCUAACACAUACUUUGGAUACCUUUGUAGAACAAGAUUAUAGUUUAGUAUAUUUUCACUAUGGCCUUACAUCGAAAAAUAAGCCACCAUUAACAUGGUUAUGGCAAGCUUAUAAGGCAUUUGAUAGAAAAUAUAAAAAAAAUUUAAAAGCGUUAUAUUUAGUACACCCUACAAAUUUUAUUCGAAUAGUUUGGCAAAUUUUUAAACCAGCUAUUAGUGCAAAAUUUGGUCGAAAAAUGAUGUAUGUAAAUUAUUUGGAUGAAUUGGCGCAGCAUAUUAAUCUUGACCAAUUGAUCAUUCCUCAGCAAGUUAUAGAUCACGAUGAACAAUUAAUGUCCAAAAUAAGAAAGCAUUUACCUACAAGUCCUCCCCCAAGCUCGGUCACAACGCCAAUUGCUACAACACAAUUUGGAGCAAGCCUUCAAUUUAUUAAAGAAAAUAACGGAGGGGAUCCAAUUCCACCCAUUGUAAAACAAUGCGUUGAAUUUCUUGAUACUCCGGAUGCAUUGGAAACUGAAGGGAUAUUCAGAAGAUCAGCAAAUGUUGCAGUAGUUAAAGAACUUCAAAGUCGAUGUAAUCAUGGGCUUGCAGUUGACUUUCAAGGAGAUCCUCAUAUUGCAGCCGUCCUUUUAAAAACGUUUCUUCGUGAAUUAGAUGAACCUCUUAUGACUUACGAGCUUUAUGACGAGAUUUCACAAUUCCAAACUUUAUCAAAGGAUGAAAGACCACGAAAAGUGAAAAUUUUAGUUUUGGAAAAGUUACCAGAAGAUAAUUAUCAAUUGCUUAAAUACAUAGUACAAUUUUUAUCUAGGGUAAUGGAUAGAUGUGACUUAAAUAAAAUGACAUCAAGUAAUUUAGCUGUAGUUUUUGGGCCAAACUUAGUUCGAGCUCCACCUUCGGUAGGCAUGUCACUUUCAGCAAUAGGACCAAUAAAUCAAUUUGUAGACUUUUUAUUUGCUUAUCAAGAUAAAAUAUUUAUUAUUUAA